GCACAGCAGGACCCCUGUCUGGGGGCUCAACCGCGCCUAACCCCGGCUUCAGAGUUUUACAACAAAAGACAACAACUUGGAAAGUAUUUUUCAGUGGAGUUACGAGGGAAUUUAACUUUGGCCGGGGAGAGAACAAAGGGGAGGGACGGUCUGGGCUCAUGGACUCGGGGAUGAGAUAGCGCUCAUAACUAGCCCCAUCUCUCCAUCUUUCCCCGUUGGACGCACGGUUCUUUUUCUUUCCGGAUGAUGUAACUGUUUUAUGACUGACUGGGCUCUCAUGUAUCCUCGCAGCUGACGAAGUGCUCACAUUUUCCUUUAAUUAUCAGUGCACGGUGAUAUCCGACGAAAACCCGCAUCCUCAGAUUUUAGGAGCCCGUGUCCAGGUUUCGGUGAGGGGGCUCUGCUCAGCGGGACGUUGCGCUGUGCUCAACCGGCUGUUCCCUGGCGUCGGUGCAGUCAUGUGGCAGAGGAUUCAGAUUUGUUGGGCACUGUUUGCAAUGUAUUCAGCGGCACCGCCUGCCCACAUCAACCGCCUGGCGCUGUUCCCUGACAAGAGCGCCUGGUGUGAAGCCAAGAACAUCACACAGAUAGUCGGGCACACGGGAUGUCAGCCUCGCUCUAUUCAAAACAGAGCUUGUCUGGGCCAGUGUUUCAGCUACAGCGUCCCUAACACGUUCCCACAGUCAACAGAGUCCCUGGUGCACUGUGACUCCUGCAUGCCUGCCCAGACACAGUGGGAAGUGGUGACUCUGGAGUGCCCGGGCAGUGAAGUGUCUCCUCAUGUGGAUAAGCUGGUGGAGAGGAUCUUCCACUGCAGCUGCCAGUCCUGCAGUAAGGAGGGUGGCCAGGAGGGGGCGGUGAUGCAGCUGUAUCCAGCAGACAACGUCCUGGACGCUCCGUCUUUAUCUGACACCCUCAACGGCGCUCAGUCUCACCCUCUGCCCCCUUCAGACACACACUCUAAUAAGCAUGCUCACCAACACAUAGACCAUCACACACUACCACACACAUCAGUCGGAGGGUAGGUAUCACUCUCUAUGUCACUUUACUCAACUCUUCCGCCCUCUGUCCUCCACACCGCAUCUUUUGUACCAAUCUGUAGUAAUGUAAAGGCACUUUGAAAAUAUGGCUUCACUUUGUGGUAAAACCUUUUUUUUUCUAAAGGCACAAACACACACAGGCACACACACACUGACAGAGUCAUGCUAUCAGAUUACACUCUAUUGUAUAUAAACUCGUACAAAUCAGCCUAUGCACUCUUUUUGCUGAUUUAACAUGCAUAUGUGCAUCCAGACUGUAGUCUGUUAAUAAGCUGUAGUCUCAUUACUUUUAAUCUGCUUUAAUGCAAUAAAUUCUAUUGUCGUGGUAAAUGCCAUUUUGUCUUUUGUGUUA